CGGGAUAACCUGUUCGCCGAAUGAAAAUGGCUGCCGACUGAUGAAAGAGGAAAACCUGCUUGAAUUUUCUCCGAUUUUCCGCACAAAACAGCCACUCAACAUCGAUUUACAAAGGCAACCAUCCAGGAUGGACGUCAGUGCUGAUGUGAAAUUCUAAUGCUGCUAUAACGUGCGUAGGAGGACAUCACAUAGGAAAAAUCACAAGGGAAAAGAAAAUCGUCUAAAAACAUUCGCUGACGUCAUCGCGUAACCGUCCCUUUCAAGAUGGCGGACGAAAGCGAGACGGCGAAUCUGGUGGCGCCCAAACCUGGGGGAGGGAGGAAUCCGUUACAGUGGGCGAAGUUCGGACUCAGUGAAGAAAGCGGGUCUCUGAACCAACAGACUACCAAAGGGGAAGCUCAGGAAUUAUUUGACGAAGAGGAAAAGAACUCAGGUGAAACCAGAAAGCCAUGGUGGAAGUCCAACUUCUUCAUCACAGAGCCGGUAUUGUUUGGAACAUGGGACGGAGUUUUCACUGCCUGUAUGAUGAACAUCUUCGGUGUGGUGCUGUUUCUCAGGACUGGAUGGAUGGUGGGUAACGCGGGAAUCGGCCUGUCCAUCGUGAUCGUGUUUAUGACCAUCUCCAUGGCACUGCUGCCCAUCCUGUCAGCCAUCGGAGUGACGGAGAGAUGUCACAUGGAACACGGCGGACUGUACUUCCUCCUGUCUCACGCACUGGGGGGGAGGGUCGGCGGCAGUGUCGGCUUCCUCUUUGUCUUCGGCCAGGCUGUUGUCUGCUCCCUGUACUGCACGGGUUUUGGCGAGUCCUUUGCGGAGGCUGUGGGCUGGAAUAACGAGUGGGCUGUCCGCGGCAUCGCCAUAGUAACCCUGCUGGUUCUGCUGGGCAUCAACCUGGCGGGAGUGAAGUGGGUCAUCAAGGUGCAGCUCCUCCUAGUGGGCUGUCUCGGUAUUUCACUUGUGGACUUCAUCAUUGGGACCUUUGUCAAGACAGACUAUGCUGCAGGUGUUGUAGGCUACAGCGUGGAAAACUUCCGUAACAACACGGGACCAGACUACAUCCCCGGACAGGACUUCUUUACCGUGUUUGGCGUGUUCUUCCCCACCGCGACCGGGGUCAUGGCGGGGGUCAACAUGAGCGGUGACCUGAAGACCCCUAACAGGAGCAUUCCGAUUGGUUCCCUGUCUGCCAUCGGAGUCAGUACGGUGCUGUACGUCCUGUUUGUCCUACUACUGGGAGCUGUGUGCACACGGGCAGGGCUACAGGACGACUUCAUGAUCGCAGAGAAGGUAUCAGGAGUAGGAGUCCUGUGGUUACUAGGCCUGUACAUCUCAUCGCUAUCCUCCUGUCUCAGUGGCCUGUACGGUGCCCCGCGGGUUCUACAGUGUAUCUGUAAUGAGAACGUCAUUCCUGUCAUCAAGGUCCUGGGCAGGGGGCGUGGCCCUAACAAGGAACCGUUCCUGGCUAUCCUGGUGUGUGGGUUCAUCUCCUUCUCCUUCCUGUUUGUGGGGCAGCUCAACCUGCUGGCUCCCAUCGUCACCAUCAACUUCAUGCUCACCUACGCCAUGGUCGACUACGCGUACUUCGCUGUGGGCAUGAGCUACGACAUGCACCUCAAACGCAAGGAAAAGUAUGAGGGCAACGGCGAUAAAAAGGAAACAGAAAGCCUGCUGUCACAUGUGAUCGACAAGGGUAAGAAGGAGACAGACGAGAAAUCUGCGACGAACGGCAUGGGACCGAAGUACGGGACGUUAGAGGAACCCAAAACAGGCAGUCUGAUCGACACUUCAGAACCUAAGACAGUGGAGAAGGUCCUAACCAAGGACCAGAUGGCAGACGAGCUGACGUCUUCAGCUCUGGAGAAAGACGUGGACAAGAAGGGGGAAGAUGCAGAGAAAGGGAAAGUCAAGACUGGAGACCGAGAUGACAAAGAUCCUCCAAGAACGUUCCACUAUGAGAUCUACAAGAUGCCCAGUUCCUGGUACUCCUUCCUCUGUAACAGAUGGGUGUCUUUGAUAGGGGCGAUAGCAUCUUUUGUGAUCAUGUUUGCCAUCCAGUGGGGAUAUGCACUGGCAAACAUUGCAGUCUACAUUCUACUGUAUGUGUACAUAGGACAGGCCAACCCUGGAGUAUACCCUGGCCUGACUGACUUCAGCUUAAUCCAGUGGAUAAAGACAACCUUCCAGAGCUUGUGCAGACGAGGUCCCCCCCCGCCGGAGCAGUACGUGGUCACGCCCAUGUUUGUCCCCACCAAGAUGGAGACGGAACAGCUGAACGAAGACAGCGAGGACUACCAAGGGCGCGGGAGAUACCACCAGUCCACCAUCAUGAAGGGGGAGGAGUAUGACCAGUUCGAGUAAA